GUAGAGAAACGGGUUUGUGAUGUUCUUGAGAGAAGACGGGUUCUCUCAGUUUAGGGUUGAUUUCCACAUAUUUUCUUCGAUCGACGUAAAUGUUCUGGUAGAUUGAUUCUUCAACUACUCAGGAGAGAAGAUGUCGAUGAAUUACAAGGAGAGACUAAAAGCAGCAGCAGAUUUAGUUAUUUCUAGGGAUCAUCAUCAAAGUGACGUACUCCCGUUAAACUAUGAUGAGAUUGGCAUAAAGGCUACACUGAAGCCUCAUCAAAUUGAAGGAAUUUCAUGGCUUAUACAAAGAUAUCUUACUGGUGUCAAUGUUAUUCUUGGAGACGAGAUGGGUCUUGGGAAGACUUUGCAAGCCAUUACUUUCUUAAUCUAUUUGAAGUUCCAUUUGAAAUCACCUGGGCCAUUCUUGGUAAUAUGCCCUCUCAGUGUGACAGAUGGUUGGGUAUCAGAGGUAGCAAAGUUUUGUCCUAAAUUGAGGGUUCUACGAUAUGUUGGAGACAAAGAAGUCAGACUCGAUCUUCGCAGGAAAGCUUUUGAGCAGGCUAGCACAGACUUUCCUUUCGAUGUCCUUUUGACUACGUAUGACAUUGUGUUGAUGGAUAAGGGACUUUCUUUCUCAAAUUCCAUGGAACUAUGCUGUAAUUGAUGAAGCACAGCGACUUAAAAAUCCUUCCAGUGUAUGUACAAAUUUUUCAAUUAACUCUUCAUUAAUCUUGAUAGUCCUACACCUACAAAACUACUUUCAUCAGGAGCUGCAGGGAGUGUAUGUUAUUUUAUACUCUUGUAAAUGAACGAGUACUGAUGGUAAAGUUCACCUUUGCGUUCAACACACUUGCAGCUGCCUAAUUGGUCAAUGUUUGCAGUUUUUAUACAAUGUAUUGGAAUAACUUUUUUUCAUUCCACGAAGGUUAUUGAUUACGGGAACCCCCAUUCAGAAUAAUCUUUCUGAACUGUGGUCUCUUAUGCAUUUUUGUAUGCCUAUGGUCUUUGGUACACUGGAGCAAUUCCUAUCCACAUUUAAGGAGGCUGGAGACUUCUCAACAUUGGGUGUUGGUCUUGAGCCACUCUGUAACGAAGCCUAUAUGCAAGCAACUGUAUUUUCUACUCAAGUGAUUCGAGUUUCAAGUUCAGUUGGUGAUCGUGUUGGAUUUCAUAAGUAUGCCCAAAGAAAGAUUUUCAUAGUUACUAGCAGGGUUGUUCCUCCUUCUUUACAGGCUCUUCAACAUAAACUUUUAUACUGUCAUACAUUGUAGGGUCCCGUAUCUCAAGCAAAAGAAACUUAUCGUCUAAAUAUGCUGCUGUGGGUUGAGUAAUUGAGAUGAGUUUGCUGUUGGAUGUUGGAUGAGUUUGCUGGUGGUACUGAGAUGAGUUUGCUGGAUGAGUUUAAAAUUAUCGUCUAAACUUAUCCUCAUUGGUUGUUGGAUGAGUUUGCUGGUGGUACUGAGAUGAAGUGCUGCAGGUGGAGAUAAAACUGCAAUUUUGUUGGUAUCUUUAAUUGCCACUUUGAAGUGGUCAUUAAAAUAGGAAUUAAGAACAACAGAAGGAGUACAUGUACUAACUGAUUUGAGGGUAUAUAUGUCUUUUACUAAGCUGGAUAACUGCCACCUAUGCACUAACUGAUGGCAACAGUUUUUUAGAUGGAAAAGGUCAAAUGUAUGGCAUUUAAUAAACUUUGAAAAAAACGGUUGAACUGCAAA